AGUGGCGUUGUUGUAGUAGAAUAUGAAUUUAAAAGAACAACGGUCAAUCGUAUCUUGACGGGUUAAAUUUGUUUUUAUGUCGUAUGUGCACGUAUUCAUAUAAGUUGUGUUUGAAAAUAAGAAGGAAAGUUACAAAUAAGGUACGAGAAUGGCUAAUUUGUCCGAAUGGGAACCGCUAAUAGAAAAAACGACUGUAAAUCUUCGAAACGCAUUGUCUACAUUACAGUCGAUAUGGACAGACAUAGGAUUUACAGAAGAAGCUCGUGCCCUAUAUUGCGAACAAGCCUUCAAUCAUAUACACGAUCUAUUAAAUGAUAUGAUUAACGAAUCGCAAGACAAGAAAACUGCGUUAUUGAAUAACGUUAAACAACUGGUGGAGCAAGUUUCUGUAAUGAGCAAAGAAUUAGGUAUGGACGCAAGAACUACUGGAUACGAAGAUUUACCGUUGAAAGAAGUCGAGGAAGUGCUGCGCACUGACUUCCGCAAAUUGCAAUAUUGCAAGGAGCAGCGUUUGUCGCUCCUAAAGGAACUACAUGCAAAGGAACACAGUCUUUGCAUAAUGCUUGGCACCCAGCCAAUUGGUAUUGAGGAAAAGUUACCUACCGAGGAAGAACUUAACAGUUUUAAACUUUACCUUGAAACCCAGGAAGGAGAAAAAAAUCGUUUGGAAUCGAAUUUUAAAGAAAUGCGUAGAGGAAUUGUUAAAAUGAUGGAUGAAUUAGGUAUUUCACCAUCCACAAAUUUUGAACACUUGGUUUAUAAAGAUAGCGAAAACUUUGUUUUCAGCAGUAAUAAUAUGUCAAAAUUGAGGGAACUUAAGGAUCAUCUUAAACAUCAGGUGGAAAGAGCAAAAGAAUAUGUAGAAAGUAUUAAACAAGAGUUAAUUGCUUUAUGGAAAUACCUGGAUGAACCAGAACGUGUGUGUCAAUCAUUUCUUAGUAGUUAUGUAGGAUAUAGUACUGCAACUAUAGGUACAUUACAAACAGAAUUGGAGAGAUGUAAAGAGAAGAGGAAACAGAAUAUUUCAAGAUAUGUAUCACAAGUUAGAUCUGAAUUGGUAAAACUAUGGGAUCAAUGUAAAUUCAGUGAACAGCAGAGGAAACAGUUUAACUACUUUAAUUGUCAGACAUAUACAGAAGAUUUACUGACGUUACAUGAGCUUGAAGUAAAAAGACUACAAGAUUUUUAUAAAGCCAAUAAGUCUAUAUUUGAACUCUUAGAAGAGAGAAAUGAUUUAUGGUCAAAAAUGAAAGAACUACUACAACGUGCAAACGAUCCAGAUCGCUUCUACAAUAGAGGUGGUCAAUUGCUAAUGGAGGAAAAGGAGCGUAAAACAAUUCAGAAAAAAUUACCAAAAAUAGAAGAGCAAUUGAGGACUUUAAUACAACAAUUUGAAAGUGUCAAUGAAGAACCAUUUACUGUUAAUGGAAUGUCAGUAGAUGAGUUGUUGAAAGAAUCUUGGGAACAUCUAAAUGAAGAAAAAGAAACAAUAAAGAAAGCCAGAAAAGAGGCUAAAGAUAAAUCAGUUAAAAAAAUAACAUUAAGUGCAUCUAAGAAGAUUGUUUCGAAUUCAGGAAAAAAAACACCAAGUGUAUUGAGUACUAAAAGGCACACACCACAUAGUAUUUCAAAGAGAAAAUUGUUGUUCACUCCUUCCCCAAAUACUUCAGCAAAACGUAGAAAUCUAAGCAUAAAGAAUAGUGGAUCUAAAAACAGAAGAAGUGGGAGAGUUUCUAAGAAAAUUAUACAGUCUGCUAACAAGUCAUCUAAAAGUAGCACAAAGAAAGAAAAUUCUGAAUCUCAAUCUUCAACUGUGACAAAUACAACUUACAAUCAAUUUAAAGAACAUUUAGAAGAUAGAAGAGAGCUGAGGAGUUCUUUAUUGCCAGAACAAGUAUUAAUGAAUGCAACUAGAGCAAAUGUAAAAACCCCAGUAAGAACACCUGCUAAGCCACUAAGGAAAAAUAUGCCAAUAAUAACAAUAACUACAACACCUAAGUUAUCUAAAUCACAGACACAUAAAUCACCUCGCAGUCCUAGGCUUGUACAAGCAACAAGACUAGCUGCAGUAUCAACAAAUUUGCCAAUCAUUUUUUAA